AUGUCCGGCUACAACGACUACGACAACAACUCCCGCUCUGGCGGCUACGGCCAGUCCACCUCUGGCAGCUAUGACAACUCGAGCGGCCGUAACGAGUCAAGCUAUGGCGGUUCUUCCUCUGGCUUUGAUAACUCCAGCUCGACUGGCCGUAACGAUUCCAACUACGGUAGCAGCGGCCGCGAUAACUCGAGUUAUGGCAACUCCAGCCGCAACGAAUCCAGCCACGGCAGCUCUGGUUCUACCAGCCGUGACACAGACAGCUACGGCCAGUCCAAGGCCAGCAACUACGGGUCGAGUGGCCGUGACGAAUCGAGCUAUGGUGGUUCGACCUCCACCGGUCGUGACAACUCUAGCUAUGGAAACUCUGGGUCCAGCUAUGACAACAGCUCCAGUGGCCGUAAUGAGUCGUCAAACUACGGUGGCAGCGGUAGCAGUGACCGUGACAACUCGAGUUAUGGUAUCCCCAGCUCCACUGGCCGUGGCAGCGACAAUCUUGGGCAAUCCAAGGCCAGCAGCUACGGAUCUAGCGGUCGUGACAACUCCAGCUAUGGGAAGUCCGAGUAUGACAACAGUUCCAGCGACCGCAACGAAUCGAGCUAUGGUAGCAGCGGCCGUGACAACUCUAGUUACGGCAACUCUGGCUCCAGCUAUGACAACAGCUCUAGAGGUCGCAAUGAGUCGAGCUACGGUAGCUCCACGACCGGUGGAGAUUCCACCUCUUCCUAUGGCGGCUCCGGUCUGAGUAGCAGCCGUAACGAGUCCGGCCAUGGCUCCAAGUCUGGUGGCUAUGGAGGCUCUGACUCUACCUAUGGUAACUCCAGCAGUGGACGCGGCGAGUCCAACUAUGGCUCCAAGUCCGGCGGUUAUGGGGGCUCUGACUCCAGCUCCGGCAACACCAGCUCUGGUGGCUAUGGCAACUCUGGAUCUGGCGGACGCGGGGAGUCGAACUAUGGCCGCGACAACUACUGA